AUGCGACCAAACGAAAUAUUAUCAGAGGCAGCUGAAAUUGUAUCUUUCAUUGAUCUAGUUGUAGUGGCCUUUGAGGUGUCAUUUUGCGCUGAUGAAACUAAAACUAUUCACCGCCUAAUAUUUUACACCUGGAAAUCCUUCAAUUUUUAUUUUACGAAUUCUUUCUUCAUUUAUUUCUCUAUUUUCUUCUCUUCUCCCUUCUCUCCUUCAUUCCUUUGCUCUUUUCGACAUUUCCUCUUUUACCCUAUUUCAUCCUUUUUACUUUUCCUUCAACUCAUUUCUCAUCUUUUCUUUCUUUCUUUUUCUUUCUUUCUUUUUUCUUUCUUUCUUUCUUUCUUUCUUUUAAAUUUUCCACAGUCAUUUUUCUUUCUUUCUUUUAAUCGUUUCCUUCCUUCCUUCCUUCCUUCCUUCCUUUCUUUCUUUCUUUCUUUCUUUCCUUUAACAUUUUCAUUUGAUAUUUCUUAUAUUUUGUUUUUACACCGUUUUCUUUCUUUCUUUCUUUCUUUCUUUCUUUCUUUCUUUUGCAUUUGUCUUUGUCAUUUAUUUUCUUUUGUUUUUCGUUACCUACCACCUUUUUUUUUAAAUAUUACCCCACACUUUCUUUCUUUCUUUCUUUCUUUCUUUCUUUCUUUCUAUGUUUCCUUUAACAUUUUCAAUUUUAAUUCUUAUAUUUUGUUUUUACACCGUUUUCUUUCUUUCUUUUUCUUUCGUUCUUUCGUUCUUUCUUUCUUUUAUAUUUUCCAUAACACUUUUUCUUUCUUUCUUUCUUUCUUUCUUUCUUUCUUUCUUUCUUUCUUUCUUUCUUUCUUUUAA